AUGAAGACAGCAGCUGUCGUUGUGUUCCUCGCUCUGGGGCUUUUCUCCAGUUUUCAGGACGCUGUCGGCUAUAAUGGUCAGGGGUUCUGCAGUGAGUUCCAGAGUCCUCCAGCUUCCUGCAGCUUGGAGUAUCGCCCGAUCUGUGGCACUGAUGGCAAGACAUACGGCAACAAAUGUGCCUUUUGUAGCGCAGUCUUUGAAAACCUUGGAAGUCUUUGCUUUGCAUACGAUGGAGACUGCUGAAUCCUCAGGGUGCCGAGCACUGAUAUGGAGCUGAACCCCAUUUGCUUCUAGUUCCC